AUGAGCUCCUUUCAAUUCUCAAGCGGUUUCAUCUUUUUCCUUUCUUUCAUCACGAUUUUAUUUGGUUGUGGCUGUGCUCCGGGGACGAUGCAAGAGACUUUCUGUCAAGCUGAUUGGGUAUCCCACGUGAGAGUACUAGCACAACAGCCAUCCACGAAUCCCCUUCAAUCCGCCUUCACCGUGCAACAUAUCCAGAUUUUUAAGUCACCCGGCGGUAUGAUGACCCUUCCCCAAUUCGUCACCACUCCCAUAAAUUCUGCGGCUUGCGGUCUGCCAAUCAUGGCCGGGAAAGAUUAUCUUCUAUCAGGCACUCUCCAAAACAACGCCCUUUCUUCUUUCAGCUGUGGGCAGCUACGACCAGACAACUUAAUCGAUCCAAGUAUGACAGUUGGAUUGCUUCCCGAAUGGCAACAGCUUCCAAUCGGUUUCGUCGAGAGUCUUCAAGUCAUGCAGUGU